CAUCUCACAUUCACGUGUACACUCCCCCCUUUCAUCUAGGCAAGACAAAAGAUACUUCGUUUGUUUUUGUUUCCUUUUUGUACUUUUCCCGCCAAAAUUUUGAUGCAGCGCAGGCGCAUCAAUGACACGCGCCAAAGGAGGAACAUUGGAGAACGCCAUGAUGAGGAGACGAUGUUACAGUCAUGCACCCACGUCAACCAAAGCUCUAUGAGGUUGAGAGAAUAGCUGGAAGACGGACUACACAAGGAAAAGAAGAAUUUUUGGUUCAUUGGAAAGGUUAUGAAUCAUUAGAAGCAACAUGGGAGCCCAGUGAAAACCUUUCAUUUUGCAAGGAUAUUGUGAGCAGAUUUGUUUCAAGAAUUAUUCCAAUACCAGGUGGAAUUCCUUGUAAUAUUUCGGACUUGAUACAAAACAGAAAGAAGACCGUUGGUGUUCAGAUGCUGUUGACAAAAACUGGGAAAAUUAGAAAAAGCAGAGGAGCUAUGAACAACGAAAUAAAACGAAAGUCAAACAAAAUCUCAAGGAGAAAAUCAAAACUGACCGAAACGGAAAAGCUUAUCUGUGAUACACUGUUGCAUGAAUCAAAGAGCAUGUCAGCCCCCGGCUCCUUGGUUAAUGGACUGCUUGACUUUUCGCAUCAGGAAAACAUGUCCCUCAGCAGACGAAACAAUGUCAGUGAGCUGGUCAACGAAAUCAUUGAUAACCCCAGAAAGCGAAAAUCCGAUAAGUUUCCGUUAGAGAACUUUUUUAGAGAAGAAAAGAGAAGUAGUUUUGGUCUGAACGGAAUUCGUUCUUUCGGCAAUAAUAACCAGAUUUCUAAGAAUCUGCUUCGUGAUGCUGGAGAAGGUGAUUGUGUCAUAUGCCAAAAAAUAGAUAGAUACAUGAAAAUUACGUUAAACAACACCGCCCAUCACAACGUGCUCACCUUAAACAUGAUGGAAACUAUAACAAAUUGUCUAAACAAAGCCGAAUGUGAUCCAAGUAUUAGUGCUAUAUUACUCAAAAACAAUGGCGAUCAUUUCUGUAGUGGUAUUGACUAUUCGGAGCUCAUCGAUUGCAAGGACAAACAAGCUUACAAAGCAAAAGCAAAUGAGCUGUGUUCCGCUAUACGAACGCUGACCGAAACGCUUAUUCAUUUUCCGAAGCCUAUUAUGACGGCUGUGAAUGGUGCUUGUCUCGAGUACGGCGUUGCUCUUGUGAUUCUCAGCGACUUAACAUUUACCUCUAGUAAGACCAACUUCCAAGUGACAUUCACAAAGCUAAACCUAACUCCAGUUGGUUGUCUCUCAUAUCUUCUACCGAAAAUGGUUGGCCCUUCUAUGGCAAACGCGAUGCUUUUACUUGGGGAGAGCUUUCGUGCUACUGCUGCCUAUGAUAGGGGACUUAUCAACGAUAUUUACGGGGUACAUUCGUUUGAAGAAGAUAUCAAUAAACGAAUCAAGAAUCUUGCUGCUGGCCAGACUCAGGUAAUGGAGGAGACAAAAAGGAUUUUGCGAAGUUUAGAUGUAGACAUGCUUAGAAAAACGUGUGAUACAGAAAUGGAAGGUUACAGCAAAUGCAUUUUAUCAGAUAACUGCCAAAGGAAAAUCACUCAAGAAUGGACAGCCACGAUCAAUCUCUAUAGUUCUGCUUGAAAAACUAAAGUAUACGUAUUUUAUUAAUGAUUUCACUGCGCAAACUGAUAUCAGUCAAUGCACUAUGACUCAAAGCAAGUUGCAAAGUGCUUUCGUAUGCUUGUUUCUAAAAGAAUUUGUAUUCUAAGUAAUACAUGUCUUAGGCGAUAAUACGUAUAAAAUAUUAUAUAUCUUGAAAGUGCAUUAUCUGUGUUGUCAUAUACAGCAUGCUGUCAUAAACUCUAAGUGGACAAAGCAAUGUUAAGUGUGUAGAAAGACUACAGCAUGUCACUAGGCGGCAAAAACAUUGUUGCUUAGAACUGUGAACUAAAUCGAACUCCAGUAACUGUUAAGUAGUUUUUUCUCAAAGGGAAUUUUCAUUUUUGCUAAUGCUACAGAGUAACUGAUGUUUAUCUUGAAAGUUUAAUGUGUACAAAUACCGAUUGUCGCACGCCCUAAGUGAAAAUGGUAAUACUAACUGCUAUUGGUCUAUUUCUGGAAAUAACCAAUGUUGCAAAUAAUCUGCUUUUGCAAAAUCAUUAAGUUUGUUGCUAAGUGGCACUAAGGUGCUCCUUUGCCCUUUUUAGGCAGAUAAAUAAAAGUUGGGCUUUUCGAAAUGUUUGCAUGCUCUGCCUAUUCGUAAAUGAUUGUUUAUGUUGCCAAUGAACAGUUUAAGAUAAUAUUAGAAUUUUACAUAUGACCAUUUUUCACCAAUGGUUUUUUGGUCCUCCUUGGAACACCUGAUGGGUUGCGACCAAUACUUUAUGGUGUUUUUAUUUUGUAAAAUCGUCUCCCUGCUCGUAACAGGUUGUUUACAGAGGCAGCGACUUCGAAAAGCUUGGCAUUGGUACAGUUGUUGUAGCAAUGUUUUAAAGAUGGCGGCAUAUUUUUGACGGCAACAUAAUAUUUUAAUUUUUUUCUGUUCUUUUUUAUAAGUCAUUAUUGUUUUAGGCUUACUUCUAACUUUGAUGGAAAAGUUUUAAUCAGUGAUAUUAAUUAUUAUGUAUUGAAUUCAAUAGAAA